GGAUUUGUAUGUUUGUGUGGCAGAUUUAUAUAAAUGUAUUAAAUAUGUGGCUAAAUUAAUAACAUUACAAAAGUAUUUCAUACCGUGAAAACAAAAUUGAUAAAAAUACACGAGUUUGUUAAAUGUAAAUAAUUUGUGAGCCUUAGUCGAAGACCGUGCUACUCAAAACUAAAAAAAUAAUAUUAAUAAAGUAAGUUAAAUUGUCCUUGACGGCGUCAAAAGAAUCUUGUAACUUUCUAUUCUAAUCAGGUCAUUUUCAAAACAUUGCAGAAAUGUUAACCUAUGGUAAGAUAUAUGUCUGUCGGCAGUUCGAUAUUUGAGCAAGAUAUUUAAAUGUUAUGAACAGAUGGAAAAUCGGUCGAAAUUUUUACAAAAAGAGGAAUUUAUCAAAACAUUAUUGAUAACACGGUAUAGGCGACAGAUAAUAGGGGUAUAAUAAUGCGAUCCAAGUCUCAACUUCGUGUGAAAGAUAUCGGAAAAUACAUGAAAAUGGAAGGGACUUUGGUUCAAUAGAUUAUUUUACCAUUUAUAAUUCCUUAUCACCAGCAGUAUUUGAUUGAACAUUGCUGUGCUUGAAAUGUUUCCUGGAUGAAUUAGCGCUCAUUUAUUUCGGAUUAAAUCAAUUAACUGUGCUAUAGUGUCGCUUGUCGCGUUUAAUUAAAAUGAUGUGAUGAGAACAGUACGUUCAUGUGCACUUAAAUACGUCCAUAGCAAAAUCAGUGAAUAUCUAACCAGGAUUUUAUGAAUGAGAGAAAGGAAGUACAUUGUACUCAGGUGACGUUAACAUCAUGAUCCUGCUAUGCGCAAUUCCAUCGUGAUAUAAACCAGUAUAGAAUGACAGAAUAUAACACCAUCGAUGUUGAGGGCUAUGCAUAUAAAUGGCAGCAAUGACGAUGGACAAAAGUGAACUCAAGGCUGAUCGAGCCAUAGAAAAAGCGGACAAAGGUGAUAAGAAACCUGAAAAUGGAUCAGUUAAAGUUGACAAGGAAAAGAAACCCGAAAAGUCAGACACGUUAGAGAAUGGCGUGGCUGAUAGGAAGGGCGACACAUGUGACAAGAAGGCAGACAAGGGAGAGAAGUCGGGUGAGAAAAAAGAGACCGAAGAGAACUGGGGUGUCGGGUUGAACGGGGAUGCGGGGUCGGUGGACGGUGAGGGUGAGGAGGGUGAAGAGGUGCUCCUGGACGAGGAGAGAGAGAAGCUCAUGCGCGUUCUUGUCGGCGAACUGGAGGACCUGCCGCCUCUCGGAUCAAAGAUUGUCCGGAUCUUCACCAGCUCAACUUUUACAGACACAACGUUGGAGAGGAAUGCGCUGAUGGAGAAAGUAUAUCCUAAAUUAAAAAGCAACCUUCGAGAGAAACAUGGCCUGGAGUUUCAGGUGGUGGACAUGCGCUGGGGGGUUCGUGACGAGGCCACGGACGAUCACAUGACAACUACGCUCUGCAUGCAGGAAAUAGACAACUGUCAGCGACUCUCCAUCGGACCAAACUUUAUUGUGUUUCUGGGCCAAAAGUACGGUUACCGCCCGCUUCCGACCCACAUCGACGCGGAGGAGUUCCUCCUGCUGCGGGACUGUGCUCAAGGGGAGACCGAGGAGCUCGCUCUGAUGGACCUCUGGUACCGGCGCGACGACAACACUGUGCCAGCAGUCUUCAUACUCCAGCCGAUCAGUUCUAUUCUUACAAACUUCAACAACAAGCGUCAGCGGCGUCUGAUGGAGGCGGACCAGGCGACGUGGUGGGAGACGUUCGGCAAGCUGCAGCGCAUCCUCCGUAAGUCCGCACAGGUCCUCUUCAUCGCCAAGAAGAUCACCAGGGAGGAAAUGCACAACUACUUCAUGUCAGUAACAGAACGUGAGGUUACACGCGGAGUCCUGAUGGCGAAGAACGUGCACGACCACUGCCUGGCGUACGUCCGCGAGAUAGAAAAUAUCAACAUCACUCUCCUCAGGUUCGCCUCAAAGUUCGUCGACUUCGCAUCAAGGAACGUGGACGGAGAGGCUCAGAAACUGCUUAAGACGCUAAGAGACGACAAGCUGCCGGCCAAGAUGCCCGACUCCAACAUCGUCAAGUUCAAGGUCGAGUGGGGCGGCAAGGAGGGAAUUGACAUGGAAACACACAAGGAGUACAUUGAGACAUUCUGUCAACACUUCUACGACAACGUGUUACGGCUGGUGGACAACGCCAUGGACCGAAACGAGAAGCUCUCCAGCAACCCCGUGUACGUGGAGGUCCUGCAGCAUCUCAAAGCCUGCUACAACUCAUGCAAGGUCUUCCAGGGCCGCGAGGAUAUAGUGGACCGGAUCAAGCAGUACGUGCUUGGCAAAUAUGAUAAGCCACUCAUUUUGCACGGCGCUAGUGGAUGCGGCAAAACCUCCCUCAUGGCAAAAGGUGCCAGUCAGUCUCGGUCAUGGUUCGGUCCAAAGCAGACGCCGUUCUUAGUGCUGCGAUUCCUUGGAACGACUCCGAACAGCUCGUCCGUCAUCCCACUCCUCACCAGCCUCUCCCGCCAUCUCAUGUGGCUGUACGAAGAACCAGACGAGUACAUCCCCGACGAGCUCUCACCCCUCGUCAACCACUUCAAAAAGCUGUUGUGCUGUGCCUCCAAGAGUAAGCCGCUUAUAUUGAUCCUUGACUCGUUAGACCAGCUAUCGGGCGCAGAUGGCGCUCACCAAUUAGCAUGGCUACCAACCCAGCUUCCGCCGUAUGUGAGGCUUAUCGUUUCAACACUUCCGAAUUAUUUCGGCAUUUUGGACACGUUACACAGCAUGAUUGAGAUUCCUGAAAACUACGUCCCUGUGUUACCUCUAGGUGAAAAUCUCAGUGCGACGAUUUUACAAUUCUGGUUGAAAAACGCAAAUAGAACUUUGACCGAGGAACAAAUGGAACUAGUCAAUGAAGCGUUCACAAAGUGCAAUCUUCCGUUGUAUGUGAAACUCGUGUUUGAUGAGGUUUGUAGGUGGAAAUCCUACACGUCCUUACAAAAUGUAUCACUAGCAUUUACGAUACAUGACAGUAUAUACAAACUGUUUGAAAGAAUUGAGAUUCAGCAUGGACGAACAUUAGUUGCCCAUGCUUUUGGAUAUAUCACGGCGGCAAAGAGCGGUCUUUCAGAAGCAGAGCUAGAAGAUCUGUUGUCCCUCGACGAAAAGGUUCUGAACGAUGUGUACCAGUAUCACCUUCCGCCAGUCCGGAGAAUCCCGCCACUGUUGUGGACGAGGAUCCGUAGCGAUCUGCCGUCUUAUCUCAGCGAGCGUGAGGCAGACGGCGUCAGCGUGGUCAACUGGUAUCACCGGCAGUUCAUUGAGGCUGCCAAAGAGCGCUAUUUUAAGAACUUGAACUAUGUGAGUGAAAUCCACUCUAAUAUUUCUGAAUACUUUCUUGGUAUUUGGGGUGGUGGCAAGCCAAAGCCCUUUGAAUAUACGGAAGGCCAACGAAAAAUGUUCCAUCUUGAGCAGAAAGGAGGCGAGAGUGAUCGAAAGGUCCCACUCCAACCACUGGUGUUUAUGGACGAACACGGUCGACCGAUCCGUCACAAUUUAAGAAAACUGAAUGAGCUCCCAUACCAUCUCAUCCGCUCACACCGCUACGAAGAGCUGUACUCCCAGGUGAUCUUCAACUACAACUGGCUGCACGCAAAACUCAAUUCAAUGCCGUUACAAUCGGUGUUGUCUGAUUUCGAGGAUCUGCUUGACCACGUGUACCAGAAAGACGUCAAGUUGAUAGCUGACGUCAUCAGACUGUCUAGUUCCAUUCUCAGUCAUUAUCCCGACAACCUCGGACCGCAGAUAAUUGGAAGACUUCUACCUUACUUCACGAUGAACGAAAAUAUCCGAAUGUUGAUCCAACAGUGUGACACGGACGGGCUGACGAGGUGCGCGCUGGUUCCGGUACAUCACUGUCUCCACACUCCCGGGGGCCCGCUGCAGUUCUCACUUGAAGGUCAUUUGUUCGCUCCGUUUGGUAUUGCGGUUACUUCAAACGCAAAGUAUUUGAUUUCAGUGUCAAACAAGUUCAUCAUAUUUGAUCUCUCCACGGGCGAAGUAUUCAGACAGAUUGCUCCCGGAAUUGAAGGAAUCAUGCAAAGUUUGGCGGUGUCGGAGAACGACAAGUACGCAGCGGGAUUUACGAAUAACAACCAAGUGAUAGUGUGCAAUAUACUCACAGGCGAACACGUGAAAAUCAUGCCACCUUUGAAAGAAAUCAAAGAGUCUCUAGUUACAGGUACCACUAUGAAUAACACACAUAUUGUUAUUUGGACUGCUCAAGAAUGGUUCUUGUACACAAUCAGUGGUACUUUUCUGUCCAGACAUACUAUUGAAAUGAGCAUGCCGAUACUCUCGGCUGAGUUCGGGCCUGACGGUAAAGUCUACCUUGUUGUUAAGAGCGGCGGGACUGGCGAUUCUGAGAUGACUCUAGAAAUGAGUGACAAUUCCAUAGAACCGUUUGAGUUUCAUAGUGCCAUAUCUUUGUCAAAAGAUAAACAAUUGAUGUACACGUGUAUAGAAAUAAGUGAUAACGCAGUGGCGGUAUACACACGGCAGGGUGAUGCAUGGCGUUAUGAUCGGACAUUAGGUGACAAUUUCGACUUAGUGUUUGCGCUUAACCUUUCGGAAGACGAAAACUUCCUUGUUGCUACCAUUCCUCUCGGUUACAAAUUGUGGAAUCUCAAAACAGACAUCAUGGUACCACUUAAGUUACCCCAUGGUACGCGCAAUAUCCCUACCAAAAACCAGCUGUCAGGAAUGGUGACGCUUACGAGAAACAAUCAUUUCGUGGUCGCCGCCGUGAGAAAGAACGUUUACGUCUGGGACGUAAAACAAGGCAAUAUGGUGAAAGUGCUGGAUGCUCAUUUUGGUCGUAUAAUCGCUCUCACAGCGGUUUCAACUGGGUGCAAUAAAGUCAUCUCGUCUUCUAUCGAUAAGACAAUCAAGGUGUGGAACUUCGACAACAUUCUGGAGGAUGUGCACUCCAUAGACAGGCUCGAAAAGCCCAUAGAGACCAUGGACCUGGCUUCAGAGGUGCCCAUCUGUGUGACAACUAGCAGAAACUGUGUCGGCGUAUGGAAUCUCGAGAACGGAAAACUGCUCAAGACGUUCGGAACCACAACGUCGACGUCAGUCAUCACUGAGGCCGUACUCACUGGAGACGCGAAUUUUGUAUGCGCGGCUGAGACUGCUAAUAUAGUGAUAUGGGAUGUUUCGAAGGACGCUGCAAUAAAAACUCUUCCUUUGAGGGACACUCAAAAACUUAUUAGAAAUGAAAACGAUACACGCAUAAUUGCAAUCGCGAAACAAGGCAUAAAUAAAGGAACGUGUGCGUGUUACUCACUGCCGGAAGGUGAUCAAAUAUAUAAAUUCGAGUUUGGAGUGAGUGUUUACAAGGACGGGGUUGUAACCUGUGACGGGUCUUUCCUCGCGCUCCCGGCCGUGGACAAGAGCGGUGAUGUUAUUGGAGUGUAUCACGCAAAGACCGGAACUCAUCUGUACAAUCUGCAACUGAAGUAUAGCACAUACAAACCAAUGAUUAAAUUGAUCCCAAUGCCGCACGAUCCAAAUCAAGUGGCUCUAAUUGACGAGGACAAAGGGAAUAUCUUGGAUCUAAAAAAGAAAACAUUAGUGAGAUCUGUCAAUCGAUGGAACGGACAGGUUACAAAGACAGGAAAACAUGGUUUAUAUGCCCCAAGUCGCGGUGGUUUGGAGUAUAUAGAGCUUAAACAUGGAAAAACUACGAAGACAUUGAUUCCUCGAAUAGCUGAAGGAGUAUUCAAUGUGGACACUAUAUUUAGCAAUAACGAUCGUCAUGUCAUAUAUUACCAUUCUGGUCACAGAACAUUGAGAGUGUUUCGGCUUUCGGACGGGAAAAUGAUCGCCAAGUACAAGGCCCAGGCUGAAGUGAAAGUGAUGACGUGCAGCCCCGGAGGAAUGUCCGUCAUUAUAGGCUGUGUGGACGGAAGUCUGACCGUUCUGGCCCUCGCCGACCCCCACUACGAGGACAAUGUGGAGUUCCUGCAGUGUCUGCCCAGCCGACAGAAACACCAACCCGGCAUGAACGGCACGGGCGAGGAGAACGGAGAGUCCAACCUGCCCAAAAACAGCAUCGGGACUGCGCUACAAGUCGCGAGAUUUGUGGCCAAGGCUAGAGGCGCGCAGAGAUCUCGUGCUUGUAUUCUGUCAUAAAGCGAGAGCAGAGUUUCCUCAGUGUUGUGUUAGCAAAAUAGUUCACGUAUGCUUAACAUUAUUGUUGAUAUAUAUUUAAAUCAACUUUAACAUUUGGUCACCUUACAUUUUUGCUGAGUUGAAAAUUACGAAUGCAAUCAUAUUUCAUGCUAAAAAGUUCUUUAUAUUCAAGUGAUACCUAUGCAACGUCCAUGAUGACAUUUUAAAAUAUUAACAUCAUAAGUCACAAAUAAAGCAUACCCCCCCCCCCCCCCCCCAACUCCCUCCAUCCUUCAUAACUAAGUCGCAUAGAAUUUCGAAAAAUAAAUUAUAUUUUAAGCUAGAAUGAACAUCCUUUCAAACACAGUUGCGGAGGUGUUUUAUUUUGAGGCUUCUUGCUAGCUUAUUGAAAAUCUCAUAUGUUGAGAUUAUAACAGAGUCGUGUUACAAGCAAUGUUAUACAACAGAAGUGCAUUGGCUUCGUAAAAAAUUAAACGAAAAUAUAUUUAAGAAAUAUUCGAGGAUUAUAAUAAUUAUGUUGUAAGAUUAUUAAGAUUCAUGAGCUUCCUAACGCUGUAUGAUUUAAAGAGUUCUUUUUUCAUGAUUCCAUUGAAAGGUAGGAAAAUUAACAAUUCAGUGAUUAGGCAAACCAAAAUGAAAUGGGGAAAGUUGGGGGGGGGGGGUGUAAAACAAUUUGAAAACUGAAAAAUUAGCGUUUGUGCUACCAAAAUAAUGUUGUCCUUUCAGUUUCAUUGAUUGUUAUUUUUAUAUUUACAUUAUUUUGAUUAAUUGUGUUAGUCACUGAGUGACUACAUCGCUACAUCGUACACGUUAUAGCAUUUGUUCACUACAUGCUGCAUAUAAUUAUGUUUCUUGUAUAUAUUAAAUCU